GCGGUGAUUGACGGGGUGGGGUCGGCAGGGAAACGAGAAGCGGCAGGCGGGAGUGGUUGCCUGGGCUGACCGAUAAAAGGUGGCGGAGAGAGUGGCUGGUGAGGCCUUGGGCUGAAUCGUUUACUGUUGAGGGAGAAUUGAAAAACCAUGGGCUGCCUGUUCUCUAGGAAGUCUAAAGGGAAGAAACAGAGCAAGGCGGCGGCGGAGGAGGAGGGGGAAGAGUCGCCGAAGCAAUACAGCUGGGACAACCGGGCGAAGGAGAUUGAUGUUAAGGAUUAUAUGCUGGUUGGUUUAAAGGAUCAGACACUGGGACGGUUGCCUGGUAAAGUUGCUGGUGAGCAGUUUGUCAUUGAAGAAUGUGAAAACUGCAACAUAUAUAUAUUUGACCACUCUGCCACUAUCACCAUUGACGACUGCACCAACUGCAGGAUAUUCCUGGGACCUACUAAGGGUAGUGUGUUUUUCCGCAAAUGUGUAGACUGCAAAUGUGUCGUGGCUUGUCAGCAAUUUCGUACACGGGAUUGCAGAAAAAUGGACGUCUUCCUCUGUUGUGCAACACAGCCCAUCAUUGAAUCAUCUACGGGCAUGAAGUUUGGUUGUUUUCAAUAUUACUAUCCUGAACUAGGUUACCAAUUCAAAGAUGCGGGCUUGAGCAUCUUCAACAACAACUGGAGCAACAUUCAUGACUUCACCCCAGCUUCUGAUGAGAACAAUUGGACAUUGUUAGCUGAAGGUACAGUACCACAUGAUUAUGUUCCCCUUCCUGAUUCAGAGGAGCUGAAAGCAGUUCGGAUCUCUACUGAGUUGAACAGAAGCAUUGUUCCAGUCACACGAGGCCAGAGGCAAAAGAGCAGUGAAGAGUCAUGCUUGGUUGUGUUUUUUGCUGGAGACUACACCACAGCCAAUGCCAGGAAAUUAAUUGAUGAGAUGGCUACAAAAGAUUUUGCUCUUGUUCAAACAAAGGAAAUUUCUAUGAGACCAGAUGAUGCCAACAGGGUAUUCAAAGACAAAGCAGCAGACUUUAUUCCAUUGCUUCAGCAAGGCCCUGUGGUGGCGUUAGAAUUCAAUGGUGAUGGUGUAGUGGAUGCCUGCCAGAACGUAGUCAGUUCUGUGUUCACUGCUUCCAAGGUGUUUGUUUCUGAAAACAAAUCUUCAGCUUCCCAAGAUGUGGACAAUUUCUAUAACUAUGCUGAAAUACAGAUGGGAAUGUAAAAAUGAACAAGGGUCAUGUGUGAACAUCUUAACCACAGAUUGCUAUUUUCCUAUUGUAGCAUAUAUUGCCAUUAAACUACUGGAAAUAGUCAUGUGAAGUAAGAUGUUUUUUGUAGCUAAGAUUUAAUAUCCUGAAUGUAAUGUUUUCAAAGUAUUGCUAGUAUAUAACCAAAGUAUUUUAAGCAUUCUUGUAUACAUUUUAAACUUGACCUGCUUUUUGUUUAUAUAUAAAAAAGGAAGAAUCAUUUAAAAGAAAGUGACAUGUUCUUGAAGUACUUUCUUUUUGAUGUAAUCAUACAUUACUGUAAAAGAUGAAAAUAUUGCAUCUUUAUGGACUUCCCUUUUUUUCCUUUAGAUUUUUCACCAUUCCCUAAAUUGAAUAUUGGUUGAAGAAAAUUUAGCUACACCACCAUGUUGCCAUUAAAUGUUAAACUGUGGCAUCAGUUUUUACACUUUCCUCUGGAGCACUUUUGUGCAUUUUAUAAGGUCACCCUUUAGCUGGCCCGUGGCGUAGUGGCAUCCAUGUUGGGUUGAAUGGUGAGCUAGCAACUCUGUCUUUUAUACACUUUUCAAAAUAAAGUGCUAAAGAAACAUCAAGGUUGCUGCCCAAUGCAUGGAAAAGGAAAACAACAACCCUGUGGCCAUGUAUUUUUCAUCUGUAUGUUCUGAUUUCUUCCAAGUUCUGAUGGUGGAUGUCAGCUGAUUAAUUAACCACUGUAAAUUCUCUCUCAUAUGUGGAAGAGUGGAUAGUUGAUUGAAAUGAAGGGAGGGUGUAAUGGGGUCAGUACAAAAGGGUACUUGAUGGUUGACAUGGACUUGUUUGGCCAAACAGCCUUCUUCCAUGUUUGACUUUAAUUUUAAAAAUGUUUUUUGUUCCAUUUGCACACAGUGGCAUUCUCUUGGAGGCUCUUAAUUCAUUUAGUUUUACUGUGGACUAAUAGACUUUUAAUUGUAACACUUUCUCUAGAAAAAGGCUGCUCAAGGAGGUUCCCCAGACAGAUGUUUAGAAAAUGCUCAUUCAGUUAAAAGGGAGGUUUUAAACAAAAAUAAUUUGGUAUUUAUCUCUAGCCUUCAAAAAAGCUAUCCAAAUACUGCUAAAACCUAAAAAUGGAGGAAGAUGUGAUGUAGGGUAUUCACAUUUUUUUAGAAGCUGAAAUGUUUAAAUUUUUAAUAUCCUGUAGUAAGUACUUGCUGUUGUCACAGCUUUUGUCAUAGCCUUUAUUUUAAGUAGUUCAUCUUUUACAGUGAAGUGAUAGUUUGUGGUACUGGCACUUGGUCAUCUAUGGUUUUAUUGUUUAACAAAUACAAUCCUGGUUUUAAUCAUUCUAAGCUUAAUGAUAUGAUAGAUUAUAGUGUCUUUAAAAUAGAAUUUGGGGGGCUACAUUAGUGAAUACUAAUGGAAAGGAUUUUUAAAGUAUUUCAGAUCUAUCCGGUUUUGGGCAUUCCUUAUUGCUAUGGGAAACAUGGAGUAGUGACUGUUUAAGUUAUUGAGGUUUCUGAAUUUUUCCCUGCAAAAACCUUUGUGCUUUAAAAAAAAUCCUCAUUUUACGUAAUUAGAUGUUUUGUAUAUACAAUAUUCUUUAUCGUAUUUUCUUGUUGUCUAUAGUAUGUGCCUAUAUAGAUUGUAGUUUGACUCCAAGAAAAUUCCCUCAGAAUUAAAUAGAACUUACUCCAAAGAAUUAAUUGAGAACCUAAGUAGAUGGGAACAGCUGCUAGAGAAGAACUAAUGGUACAGGUGGUAAACUGCACAUCACAACUGCACAAAUAGGCCUUCCGCUUUUGGUCUUAUUAAUUUCCCCUGUUUCGAUACUAGUAACUUGUUUGUCCUUUUUAGUGAAAAUUGGCAAUUUGUUAACUGGCAGCAUACUGUGUAGUGAAAUACAAAGAAACUUGAGUUGACAGUUGAUUUUUACCUACUUCUGUUUGGUCUCAAUUUUUAAAUUUUAUUGUUGUGCUAUAUUACAAAGUGGUGUCCAAAGCAGACACAUUAAUCCCUGUAUAGAUUUUUCCAGGUAACUCCUAUUUUGAAGUAAUAUCUAAUGGGGCAUUGUCCAUAUACUCUUUUACAAUAUAACAAUAUAAAUUAAUGAAAAGUAUUUAUAGAUUACAAAGUGCAGCGCAGAAAUGGAGUAUUUAAUCCAUAGUCCAUGGAAUUUCUGUGCUGCCUGUGGCCAUACCUUUGUCCAACCCUGUUGGCAUCAAUUCCUUUUUCUUGUAUGCUUAGAUUGCCCUUUAAUGUAUACCUAUGUUUUGCCUUUAAUAUUCCUAGUAACUGUAGCAGUAAAUGAACUAGUGAUGCAUGAAAAUCUUUAAGUGCUUUGUUACAAACUUUGGAGGUCAAGUAUAAAAGUAUUUGCACAAAUGGAGUAAUUAAUGGCAACCAUGCACAGAAGUGAAUUUGACAAAUGCUUUUCAAGAAAUCAGUGGAAUUUUUUCAUAGUUGCUUAAGAAAUUUUCUGGUUGCAGAUUAUAAAUUAUUACAGCACAUCUCUCUAGUUUAUCUCUCAGUUUAACUGUCAGUUAAUCUCAUGCCAUUAUCCUCCUACCUAUUACAUCACUUAAUAUUUUUGAAGCAAUUAUCUAAUUUUCCAUUAAAAGAAAGUGACACCAGAUCAGCAACAGUUGUGACGUACAAAUCCACAUUUCAAUUAUGAGUGACUUGUUUUGUAAAGUUGUCUAUAAUUAUUUGUGACUGUGGUUGUAACUUUGUAAAUGUAGAUCUUUAUUGCUUUCUCACAGAAAAUUUGCUGUACUAUCAAUAACAAAACCUUUUUUAAAAAAAAAAUCUACUUCAAUAAGAACACCAUUUAUGGUAAAGUGAAACAAACAUUUUUAUAUUCUGGGUGUGGCAUAAUGCAUGAAGGCAGGAAAGAGGAACAUGUUGUAUACACAACUCUACUGUCCUGUAAUCUAGCUUGCCAAAUUGGUAUCAGAAGAAAUCCAUUUGGAUCAAAUUGCUUCAUCCCAAAUUAAUUGUACUGACUCUUGACUCUAUCGCUCCUUUCUCUCCUCUUCUCGUCUCCCCUCCCCCUGCACCCCCCCAUAGGUUUUUAACCUAGUUGCUGUGACUCCAGAGGACUUGAUUCAUCCCACUUUUGAAUUUUGAAUAACUCUUACCAAAUAUUUAUUGAUAAUGGUCCAAGAGCAUGGACCUUACCCCACCCCCCAACUUUAUCUUGAAUGUGAACAUGAAAAAAAUCAACUGUUUAAUGUAAUCUCUUCAAAUUUACGUGAUUUUUUUCCCUUUUGUAAAAACAUUGCUGCAUUUAAGGUAUGUUCCACAAGUAUUAAUUGGCAUCUAAUAUGACUUUUUUUUUGUUUAAACUUGUCACUUCUACCCCAGCAGCAACAUCGAGAACCAAUGUCUCUAAAGCAACAGCCAUUGUAAUUGAUGUUCCUUAUUAAUGUACAUUCACUACUUUGAAAUGUUUAGCACCCCCAGCAUUUCUCAAUUUACCGUUGAUUAUAAAGUUUUUUAAUUAAAAAGUACAUUGUGGCUGAAUAUAAUUCUAUUUUAAAAGUUCCUAAAGUAGUUUGACUUUUAUUUUUUUUAAAUCCUAUUUAUGCCUUCUACUUUAUAACAGACUGCUUGAAAUCAAAUGAGAAUAACUUCUGGCUGUCUCACUUGUAACUGAAUUGUGACCUUUGCAAGACAAUACUCCAAAUAGCGAGGCUAUUCAACUCAUUAAAUUGAGACAAUUUUUUCCAAUGAGCAAUUCAGUUAAUCUCACUUCCUCCAUUCUGUUUGGAAAUUGACUUCAGAAAUAAAAAUAGACAAAAUGUUCUGAAGGUCUUAAGUUAUUACCUACAGCACAUCUACUCUACUAUUAAGUUUUGCUUAAAGCGUGAUGGAAGAUUGUAAGGCUGUUUGUUGGAACACUAGGCCCACUGAGCAGCAGAAACUCAUGGUGGUAAUAUAUUUGUCACAAUUAAGUGUUGCUUUUACUUUUAUAAAUUAUGAAUCUAUGUAACUUGUAAUUUUUUUUAUUAAACACUACUUGUGUAUCAUUUAUGGUACAAUGGGAAA